AUGGGCGAGUCCAAGUGUCCCUACAAGGCCCAGGCCAAUGUGGCCGGCGGGGGCACGCGUAACACCGACUGGUGGCCCGAGCAGCUGAAGCUCAACAUCCUCCGCCAGCACACCUCCACCACCAACCCAUUGAAGGCCGACUUUGAUUAUGCUGCUGCCUUCCAGAGCCUGGAUUACUUCGCUCUCAAGAAAGACCUCCAUGCCCUGAUGACCGACUCCCAGGACUGGUGGCCUGCCGACUUCGGCCACUACGGGGGUCUCUUCAUCCGCAUGGCCUGGCACAGUGCUGGCACUUAUCGGGUCUUUGACGGCCGUGGCGGUGGAGGGCAGGGUCAGCAGCGGUUUGCCCCCCUCAACAGCUGGCCCGACAACGUGAGUCUAGACAAGGCUCGUCGGCUCCUGUGGCCGAUCAAGCAGAAGUACGGCGACAAGAUCUCCUGGGCCGAUUUGCUGCUGCUGACGGGCAAUGUGGCCCUCGAGUCCAUGGGCUUCAAGACCUUUGGGUUCUCGGGUGGCCGCCCGGACACCUUCGAGGCCGAUGAGUCGGUCUAUUGGGGUGGGGAGACAACCUGGCUGGGCAACGAUGUCCGGUACUCCGAUGGCAAGCCCGGUGUGGCGGCGGAGGGAGUGGUCGACAGCGAUCAAUCCCCCCACCGCGACAUUCACAAGCGAGACCUGGAGAAGCCCUUGGCGUCGGCGCACAUGGGUCUCAUCUAUGUCAACCCCGAAGGUCCGGAUGGCAAUCCCGACCCCGUGGCUGCGGCUCGGGACAUCCGCGUCACCUUCAGUCGCAUGGGAAUGAACGACGAAGAGACGGUCGCCCUCAUCGCUGGCGGCCACAGCUUCGGCAAGACCCACGGGGCUGCCCCGUCCAGCAAUGUAGAGGCAGAGCCUGAAGGCGCGGGCCUUGAGUCGCAGGGACUCGGCUGGAAGAACAACCACCAGUCCGGCAAAGGCCCCGACACCAUCACCAGUGGCCUGGAGGUGAUCUGGACCAAGACUCCCACCAAGUGGAGCAACGACUACCUGGAGUAUCUGUUCCGCUAUGACUGGGAGCUCACCAAGAGUCCCGCAGGGGCUCACCAGUAUGUGGCCAAGGACUCCGAGGCCAUUAUCCCGGACGCCUACGAUUCCUCCAAGCGCCACCGGCCGACUAUGCUCACCACCGAUCUCUCCCUCCGCUAUGACCCUACCUACGAGAAGAUCUCGCGUCGUUUCCUCGAGAACCCCGAUCAGCUGGCCGAUGCCUUCUCCCGCGCCUGGUUCAAGCUUCUCCACCGCGACAUGGGCCCCCGCACUCGGUACAUCGGACCUGAGGUCCCCACCGAGGAGUUGAUCUGGCAGGAUCCCAUCCCUGCCGUCAACCAUCCUCUCAUUGAUGCCAACGAUAUCGCCUCCCUCAAGCGCACCAUCCUGGAGAAGAGUGGCGUCGACCGGUCGAAGCUGGUGUCGACGGCGUGGGCGUCCGCCUCGACCUUCCGGGCCAGCGACAAGCGCGGCGGUGCCAACGGCGCCCGCAUUCGCCUGCAGCCCCAGCGGGAUUGGGAGGUGAACCGUCAGCCCGGGUUGCAGGAGACCCUGACCGCUCUAGAAUCCAUUCAGAAGGAGUUCAACGGCUCUGCUUCCAACGGAAAGAAGGUCUCCCUGGCCGAUCUGAUCGUGCUGGCUGGCAGUGCGGCUGUCGAGCAGGCGGCUCGUGAGGCUGGCCACAACAUCCAAGUCCCCUUCAUCCCCGGUCGGGCGGAUGCCUCGCAGGAGCAGACUGACGUCGAAUCUUUCAGUCAUCUGGAGCCGGUGGCCGAUGGCUUUCGCAACUACGGUCGCUCGACCCCUCGCGUGCGCACGGAGCAGUUCCUCGUGGACAGGGCUCAUCUCCUCAGUCUGUCUGCGCCGGAACUGGCCGUCCUGGUCGGGGGUCUGCGCGUGCUGAACGCGAACUACGAUGGAUCGUCUCACGGGGUCUUCACCUCCCGACCGGGGCAGUUGACGAACGACUUCUUCGUCAAUCUGUUGGAUAUGAGCACGGACUGGAAGGCGACCGAUGCCAGUCGGGAAUUGUACGAGGGCACAGACCGUAAGACCGGCCAGCGCAAGUGGACGGCCACGCGCGCGGACCUGGUCUUCGGCUCGCAUGCCGAGCUGCGGGCGAUCGCCGAAGUUUAUGGGAGUGUCGAUGGUCCAGCUCGAUUUGUCAAGGACUUUGUGGCCGCUUGGGACAAGGUCAUGAACCUGGAUCGGUUUGACCUCAAGAAGCAGACGAUUGUGUCCUCUCGAUUGUAG